CCUUCCUUUCCUAUUGAUAAGAAAAGGUUAUAUUUUGUCUUAUGCCUUUAUUUAUACUCUACCGGUAUAUAUUGUACUGAAGUAGCUGUUGUAAUCAUUAAAAAUUUUUGGAGACCAUGUCUAUGUGUUUUUGAUUAUUUUUAUUAAUCCAAUAUGAAGUUGAAAUAUCUCUUACGUGCUGUGCAGAAGUACAAAUGUAGUUACAAGAGUUAUUCAACUGAAGUUGAAAUUGAUAUCCCAAAAAGAAUUCCUCGAGGACCCACUGAUAUUUUAAAAGCAUUAGCUAGCACAGUUAAACGAGACCCUACAGCUCCACAUUAUAAAUACCACGAUGACCCUUAUUUGAUACCAUAUAAUAACUUUACUAAAAGAUCUUAUGCUCUUUCCCAAGAAUCUGGUAGAAAAGCUGCCCGCUGGAUCAGGCAGCAGCACAAAGAGUUAUUUCAACAUAAGAUAGCCGAACCUUUGAUUGAGGCAUUCAUACCAACCCCAGAAUAUAAUGAGAACUCUGAAGUUGAUGAAGAAAUUUUGAAAAAAUUGAUAAACAAUGGAUUUGUUUCUGAUGCACUUUUUGUUUACAAUUUGCUUAGAAAUAAAAAAAUUGAUAUAACUCCUUCAACAAAACAAAGUCUUUUGGAAUUUGUAUGUUUUACAAAUGAAGAUGAACCCAUUUCAGAAGAUUGGAUCAGUGAAAGAUGGUUUCUUAUGGGCAUGAAAAAUCAGAAAGAUUCUAAUACUUGGAAAAAUGGAGGUUUAGCAGAGCAACUUUUUUAUGAACUGAAGUCUGAUGUGCCAUCUUCUUAUUCUGCUAUUAUAUGUGGAAUGUGUAAAUAUUUCCAAGUGAGCAAAGCUUUUGAGAUUUAUUCUGAAGCUCAAAGCAAAAAUAUUAUCCUUAACGUAGAAACAUAUAAUUCGUUAAUUUCUAAAGCAAAGUUUGUUAAUGAGAGUCAUCCGAAAAUAUGGGAACUUAUCCAGACUCUUUUGAACGAAAUGGCAGAAAGAAAAAUAAAGCCAAAUGUAAAAACUCUCAACAGUGUGCUUGAAUCUUUAUCUAAAAUGAACACGAACAGGAAUGCUAAAACUUAUGCUCUCAAUACGAUAGCAGAAUUCAAGUCAUUAAAUAUAGAGCCCUCCCUAGUAUCGUUAUAUUAUUUAUUGGAAAUAUGUAGUAGGAACAAAAGUCAGUUAAGUAGUAUGCUCUCUGCAAUCUUGGACUACGCCAGCAAUAAAAACUUUACCAUUAGAGAUAAAAAAGAUAUAUCAUUUUUUUCUAAAGCUAUGGAAGUUUGUAGUAAACUCAAAGAUAAGGAUCUUCUCUACAGGCUUCAUGAAUUAUUGUUGACCGGAAACAAUUAUAAUUUGAUCGGAGAUUCAUUUAGUGAAUCGGUGUAUUACCGUUAUUUUUUUUAUUUGCUUACUGAUACUGAAGAACUUAGUAAAGUAAUGGAAUUCUAUGAUGAUCUUGUACCAAACGUUUAUGUUCCAGAGCCAUCAGUGACCAAUGCUAUAUUGAAAGCUGUUUGUAACAACAUGGCAUGGGACCUUCUUCCCAAGCUUUGGUCAGACAUACUAUUGUUUGAGCAGUAUGAAGUUUCCGGUGUCCUGGAAAAUAUUUUAGAUAUUGCAUCUCAAAAUGAAGACAAGAAUUUGAUGGAAGGGAUGUCUAAAAUUGCAUGGUCUGCAUGGGAGAAGAUAGAAGGAAUAAAGAGGGAGCGAUCCAACUUUCAAUGGUCUGCGAGUGCACUGGGAAACAUUAUUCUCAUUUUGUUGAAAUCUGGUGAAAAAGCUAAGGCGAAUUUGGUUAUGAAUAAAUUAAUUCAACUAGGAAGUUCUGCCAUGAAUGAACCAAAAAUAGAGGCUUUGAGUCUCUACGUGGACAGUUGCAUAGAAAGUUCAUCACCAGAUGUAGCAAUUAAAUGCAUUCAAUAUUGCAACGAUAUUGGAUUUACGGAAACCACAGAGUUUGCUAGGCGAAUCAAUUCUUCUAUCGAGCUCAACCCAAGGCAAUAUGAAAAAUUAACAUCUAUUGUAGGCGAAGAUUGUCUGAAAGUUGAAAAGAAAAAAGAUCAAAGUAGAUGAAAUUGUUUUUAGACUUUUAAUAAAUGUAUAAUUUUACAUUGUUAGUUAAUAUUUGCAUAGUUUUCUUGUAAUAUAAUCACUAGUUCAACUGUUUUAUUCUAAUUUAAGAGAAUAAAAGUUUUACAUUUCUAUAUCAUUAAUGAAUAAUCCUUAACCAAGUAAUUCCAUUUGCACUUUUAUGUUGUACUAAGAAAUAUUGUGAAUGUUUAGCCAUUCUGAGUUUUGAAUUGCAAUGUAGAAAUAUUAACUGAAGGAAGAGAAACAUAGUGAUUGGUGAGUGCUGUCCAUGGUAGGUUAUUACUUAUAGUAAUGAUUUAUUACUUUAAACAAAAAAAAAAAAAAUCUAACUCUUAAAAUUCUAUGCCUUGUAUUCACUUACGACACUGUUCAAGAGUAUCUGCUUGCUUAUCUCCAUUGUUCUUCCAGCUUUUCUUACCAUAUCUUUUUCAGAAGGAGGUAACCAUCAAAACCUUAGAUAAUGAAAACACCAAUAGGCUGCCAGGAUUAGAUUCUAAAUGUGUUAUUUUUGUGUGAACAAUAUAACAAAACUAGGCUAAAAGAAAAAUCAAAAUGAUUCACGACUACGAAGCCAGACUAGUGAAACUAAAAUAAGUUGUUUGUAAGGUUCCCUUCAAGGAAGUAAGCAAACAUAGCUACAAUUAAAAUUAUCACUCCAAGACAUAUGAGAUGACUAUAUACAGAAUUUAAAAUCAACAGAAUCUCCAAUCUGCUGGAUGGAAGGUUAGACCACACAUCACAAUACUUAAUGUGAUGCCCAAACAUAUCUACACACUUAGGUAUCAAGCACUAGACAAACCCUAAACUUUAUAGUCUAUUCUUCAUGUUAUGUCCAUUAAUUAUUUGGAAGUUCUUAAGACCUAAGAAUUGCCUACUGAACAGUAAGUAAUUUGUAUGAACCUGUAAGUUAUGAAAAAAAUUAUUCACAUCAAUUUUCAUUCAAAUACAAG